AAGGAUCCUAUUCCUCGAAAAGAAUUUUCCGAUUGCUUCUCGGGAAAAAGCGAGUCAAUUUCCUUAUCCAACUAAAUUAUUUGGUGAUGGAGACGGGAGGAAAGGUUAAGAAAGGUGCCGGAGGAAGGAAAGGAGGCGGUCCAAAGAAGAAGCCAGUGUCUCGCUCGGUAAAAGCCGGCCUUCAGUUUCCUGUCGGUCGGAUCGGUCGCUAUCUCAAGAAAGGCCGUUACUCCCAGCGCGUCGGUACCGGUGCUCCGGUGUAUAUGGCCGCCGUGCUCGAAUACCUUGCCGCUGAGGUUCUUGAGCUGGCUGGGAAUGCCGCAAGAGAUAACAAGAAGAACAGAAUCAUCCCCAGACAUGUUCUCUUGGCCAUAAGGAACGAUGAGGAACUCGGGAAGCUUCUAGCUGGAGUGACAAUUGCUUAUGGUGGAGUCUUGCCUAACAUCAACCCAGUCCUCCUGCCAAAGAAAUCUGACAAGGCAGCAGCAGCACCAACAAAAGAGCCCAAAUCUACCUCCAAGGCCACAAAGUCUCCUAAGAAGGCUUAGUCUGAUCUUCUAUUUUCUCUCUGUAUGUAAUUUCCUCUCUUGUACCUGGCUUGUAGGAAAAACUUCAUGUCCGGUAGGAAUCUUGACCAUUUGUGUACUCUAUUCUGUUCAUGUAGGACAUGUUUUGUUUGGAAUGAAUGCCGCGAUGACAUUUCCAAGAUUUUAUUUCUUCUUUUUGGCAUCAGCUGAGAUUCUGAUGUGCUUUCUUCAUUAUGGGUAUGUUUCAGUUUACCUAUAUAUCCACGUCUACAUUAUUCUAGUUUGCCAAUGAUAGAAUUAAGUUUGUGUGUUGUUAACUAAUGGGUGGAUGAUGUAAACAUCUAUGAGGGUGGUUUAUCAACUCUGAACUGAGAAUACAUGGUAAAGGUGUUC